UCUCCAUAUUUUGUAUUCCCCAUAAAUUUCUAGUAAACAAACCCCUUUGUGGUGCACACUCGCCAUGGCCAGAACAGAGCAUGUUAUAUCUGUGGAGGAGUUGCUUUCGAGGAAGGUUAAUGUUGUUAGAACAGAAGCUGUUGAAGUCCAAGUGAUAGAGAAAGACAGUCCCAGCAGGCAGCAGAGGUUGGAUCGAUUGGAGAAGGCAGGAGGAGGAGACAGUAGUGCACAAAAUGAAGGUGAUCAAAAAGUAGCCGGACCAAAGAUACAAAAGGUUUCGUUUUUGGUGCGAGAUAACAAAAACGUGGCCAAGUAUUUUGAGCCGAGGGUGGUGUCGCUGGGUCCUAUCCAUCACGGUAAUCCAAAGUACAACCUAGCAGAGGAGUACAAGCUUGGAUUGGCUAACAAGUUCGUCAAGGAGAGUGGUAAGACAGCUGGAAGUUUGUACGCUAAAAUUGAGGAGAAAAUCAGCAAACUGAGGGAGUACUUCGAUGGGGAGGUGACCAAGGAGUAUGACGACGAGUGCCUCGCCUGGAUGCUGUUCGUGGACGGGUGUGCUGUAUUACAAUUCAUGUACUAUGCAGUUGAAGAGAAAUUCAAAGAUGUGAAAAUUAAAAACGAUCUAGCGGCCUUUGGGCAACAGGAUUUGUUCUUGUUGGAGAAUCAACUUCCUUACCAACUCCUCGAGGAUUUGAUGGAGUUGAGCGACAAUAAAGAGACUUUGAAGAAUUCGAUCGACAGUUUCAUUGAAAAUCAUGCAAAUUGCAAGGCUCCUAAAAAUACCAGCACAGAAAAGCCGGCCCAUCUUCUCGAUCGCCUGCGAACAAGACUACUUUGCAAAGUUCCUGUCCCCCGAGCCGGUGAUCAUAAGGGAAAGAAAAAGAAGGAGGCCGAUUGGCAGUCGUAUCGCAAUGUGCAGGAACUCCGAGCAGCAGGAAUCCAAUUGAAGCCUAGUAAAACUAAUUCCUUGAUAGACUUACAUUUUUCCGACCAAAACACUUUCUACCCUGGAUACCUUCAUCUUCCUCAAAUAACAGUGGAUGAUUCGACGGGGCCCAUGUUCUUGAACUUGAUAGCUUAUGAGGGGUGUCCGGAUUUCGAGAAUGACUUCGGCGUCACCUCGUACGUAUGCUUCCUCGAUACACUCAUUGAUCAUCCCGCGGACGUGAAGGAGCUGAGGAACGCGCACAUACUCCACAACCUCCUUGGCAGCGACAAAGAAGUGUCUCAACUCUUCAAUGACAUAGCCACUGACUUGGUGCCUAACCCCAAAACAUAUGCCGAUGUCAAAAAUGGGAUACAAAAGUGCUACGACAGCAAGUGGAAGACCUGGAUAGCUCAGGCCAUUCACGACCAUUUCAGCAGCCCCUGGACAUUCGUGGGUUUCCUCGCCGCAUUCUUAGCACUUGCUCUAACUGUCCUCCAGACUUGGUAUUCUGUCCGCGGCUCUCCCUCUGACACCAAAGAUCGCUCUCCCCCUGCCCCCAGAAUUCCCAAAAGGUACUGAAAACAUUUUUGCUUUUAUCUUUCCAAUUAAGUGCAUGCAUCCACCGUAUUGUAAGCCUAUAUAUAUAUAUACCCAGAGGCCCAGAUUCUAUAUAUGCA